AUGGCGGUGCGACAGGCGCUGGGCCGCGGCCUGCAGCUCGGCCGAGCGCUGCUGCUUCGCUUCACGGCCAAACCCGGCCCGACCUACGGCUGGGGACGGCCCGAGUGGCCGGGGCCCGCGGCGGCCCGGGGUCGCGGUGAGCGCCCGGGCCAGGCCGCGGGCCCCGGCGCGGAGCCGCGCAGGCUCGGGCUCGGGCUGCCGGACCGCUACCGCUUCUUCCGCCAGUCGGUGGCGGGGCUGGCGGCGCGGCUCCAGCGGCAGUUCGUGGUGCGGGCCCGGGGCGGCGCGGGCCCCUGCGGCCGGGCCGUCUUUCUGGCCUUCGGGCUGGGGCUGGGCCUGGUGGAGGAGAAGCAGGCGGAGGGCCGGCGGGCGGCCUCGGCGUGUCAGGACAUCCAGACCAUUUUCACCCAGAAAAGCAAGCUGCUCCCUGACCCGCUGGACACUAGACGCUGGCAGGGCUUCCAGCUGGAGGAGUACCUGAUAGGGCAGUCCAUUGGCAAGGGCUGCAGUGCUGCUGUGUAUGAGGCCACCAUGCCUGUGUUGCCCCGGAACCUGGAGGUGGCAAAGAGCAUCCGGCUUCUUCCAGGGAGCGCCCCAGACAUCAUCCCCCCAGGAGAGGGGCGCACUCCACAGCCCCCAGCUUUCCCCUUCGCCAUCAAGAUGAUGUGGAACAUCAGGGCCGGCUCCUCCAGCGAAGCCAUCUUUAGAACAAUGAGCCAGGAGCUAGUCCCAGCUAGUCGAGUGGCCUUGACCGGGGAAUAUGGAGACUUCACUUACAGAAAAUCUAAGGGAGGUCUGAAGCAGCUGGCUCCUCACCCUAACAUCAUCCGGGUCUUCCGCGCCUUCACAUCAUCUGUCCCGCUGCUGCCAGGGGCCCUGGUCGACUAUCCAGAUGUGCUGCCCCCACGUCUUUACCCUGAAGGCGUGGGCCACGGGCGGACGCUUUUCCUCGUCAUGAAGAACUACCCCUGUACUCUGCGCCAGUACCUUCAAGUGAAGACCCCAAGCCCCCGCCUCGCCACUGUGAUGAUCUUGCAGCUCUUGGAAGGAGUGGAUCAUCUGGUUCAACAGGGCGUCGCACACAGAGACCUGAAAUCUGACAACAUCCUUGUGGAGCUGGAUGCAAACGGCUGCCCCUGGCUGGUAAUCUCGGAUUUUGGUUGCUGCCUGGCUGAUGAACGCAUCGGCCUGCAGUUGCCCUUCACCAGCUGGAAUGUGGAUCGGGGCGGAAACGGCUGCCUGAUGGCUCCUGAGGUGGCCACGGCCUGCCCUGGCCCCAGGGCGGUGAUUGACUACAGCAAGGCUGAUGCCUGGGCAGUGGGAGCACUCGCCUAUGAAAUCUUCGGGCUCCCCAAUCCUUUUUACGGCGAGAAUGGAGUCUACCUUGAAAGCCGAAGCUACCAAGAGACUCAGCUGCCUGCACUGCCCGAGUCCGUGCCUCUAGAUGCAAGACAGCUGGUGAGAUCACUGCUGCAGCGGAAGGCCAGCAAGAGACCAUCUGCCCGAGUAGCUGCUAACGUGCUUCACUUAAGCCUCUGGGGCGAGCACACUCUAGCCCUGAAGAGCCUGAAACUAGACAAGAUGAUCGGCUGGCUGCUCCAACAAUCAGCAGCCACUCUGUUGGCCGACCGGCUUGCGGAGAAGAGCUGUGUGGAAACAAAAAUGAAGAUGUUGUUUCUGGCCAACCUGGAACACGAGACGCUGUGCCAGGCAGCCCUCCUCCUCUGCUCGUGGAGGGCAGCCCCAGGAAGCUGUUGUAGCCGCUGA